AUGAAACAAUACUUUCCAAAGUUAUGCAGUGAAAAUUCAACAUGCGAUGCUUCUCUACUACCGAUGAGUGCCAUUCGUCUUGUUCAAAAAGGUCUUCGAACAGACAAGAGUCGACAAAUGUACACGAUCAAUGAAGAAUGGCGUUCAAAUACUCUUCUCCUUCAAUCAAUCGAGUUUGUUAUAUACACAGCGAAUCAAAGUAUUUGUGAACAUCUUCGUUCAUCAAUCGUUGAGCGAUGUUAUUUGUCUAAUUUCGAAAUACACUAUUCUCUUCAUUCGGAGAAGACAGUCGAACGACAAGUGGAGAUUAAUACUGAACAAAUUACUGGAACAUCCAUGUAUAAUCGAAUUCUAUCACAAUUUCCACAGUCCGAUACGGUAACACUCACUGGUGGUGAUUUCAAACAAUUGAUUAGCGAAGUUUCUGACAGAAUUACUAUGAAAUUACGUGUUCAAGAAGGCUUCGAUAGUCAACUACAAGAUCCAAUUACUCUUGAGAAAAUACUUGAAAGACAACUUCAAUUUAAACAGGUUCAUUUGGAGAAAGCGGAAGAUCAAUUAUGGAACUCACUCUAUUGGACACAAGAUCUAACUCGACCAGAUCGCUUGGCUAAAGCAAUCAAUACAAUUGUUCGUAAGAAUUCAACUGAUAGUAAACAUUUUCUCUACGACAGUCAGGCAGCUAAACAUAUUCAUAAGCUUGGUUUGACUCAACAUGAUAUUGAUCGAUUUGAACAACUUAACAAAUUAUUGGCAACCCAUGCUUAUAGAACAUCAUCAUCUGAAUCGGGUACACGUCAUUCAGGAGGUGGAGGUAAUUUGCACGUUUUUGGAAAAUUUAAAAUCGGUGGUAGUGGUAGUAGCAAUAGUCAAUCCCAAUCGCACCGAUUCGAGGAUAAUCAAAAAGUAACUGACUCAAUGGAUGACAAGAAAAAUCACAGCAAUCAUUUGAACGUAACCAAUAUUGAGUCAAACAAUGACACACAAUAUUUGUUUUCACGUGAUCAAGUUGAACAGUACUUAAGUGAAUUGUCCGAUCAUAUUCAUCUAGAAGGUGAGCUUAUUCUUCCAAAACCGAUUAAUGCUCAUCUAAUGAAGUUGAGUACACUUCGAGCCGAAACGAAACUUCUCUCACAUACUGUUCUCGUGCAUUAG